AGAAAGUGGCUGCUACGGAGGAUUGAGGAAAAUGACUGUAUUGUUCGUGGCGAAGAUUUGCCUGCACAGUCUGACUGCAGUUAUAAAUGUAGCUUCUGCCCUCAAACAAGAAGUUGUUAGUGUGUGGCUUCAAGGUUUUGGUAAUGAAGGGGGUCCAGCAAUGAAUUUAAGGGGUGCGCCGACUGCCGAAUUUCAAGGAAUUAUCGAAUUUUAGUUAUUAACAGUUUUCAACUGUUUCAUAACUAAAACAUAUAUCUUGAAGUGAUAACUCUUAAGAAAUAUUAUAGAUUAUUUUAUUGACAAUUUUGUUCACCCUUAUUAUGAUAUUGUGAACCACAAACUGUAAAAAGAAUUGUAAAAAAGUCACUGAAUAAUUCAGGAUAGGUCCAAGUGAUUUAUGGACUCUUUUUGACUGUUUUAUGCAUAAACAAAGAUCUAAAAUUGUUAUUGGUAUAAAAGAAUGUUGAGAUUGGUUUAUGGGCAAUUUUGUUCUUAGCUUUUACAGCACUGUGAAUGAAAAAGACUUGUACAAGACAUGAUUCUACACUGGAUCAAGUAUGAUAUAUACUAUUUAGGUCCAAGGGAGUUAUGGACUUUUUUUGUUUUUGACAGUUUAAUGCAUAAAUAAACAUCUAGAAAUGUUAUUGGUAUAAAAGAAUGUUUAGAUUAGUUUGUGGGCAACUUUGUUCAUUGUGUUUACAGCACUGUAAACGACAUUGUAAAAAAAAUUGUGAAAAGCAAAUGUGCAAAAAAUUCAUUCAACAGUAAUUGUUCCCCAUUAAAAUAUCCCAUUUUCUCUAGCGUUGGCAUCAUAGAGAAAUGUCUUUAAUAAUAUAGGGAUAACUGGUUUUAUAGCUGGUUUUAAAUAAUAGAUAUUCAUGAUUGUUCCUCAUUUUUGAGUUCAAAAUUAUUACUCUUUUGCUGUUUCCUGAGAAGUUUUUUCUUUUUUUCCAAAUGUUUCGAUCUCAAAGAAGACUGAAGUAAGACUUGUGUUUAUUCAGUAUUAUUUGUAGAAUUACUGGUAAAAGUUAGACUUCAGGUAUAAAGUCAUUUCUUUAUAGAAUGGGGCCUUAUGAUGUUGGCACUCCCCAUAAAUGCAAAUUGUAGGUAAUAUUUAAAUCAUGAGAGAGCGCAGUUCUAUUCAUUUGAUUAUAUUGUAAUUUCAUGGCAUAUUUCUUAUAUGACAAAAUAGUUUCAGUGCAAAAAUCAGCUUUCUAACUAAUAGCUUCCUGGUUAUUGUUACAGAAUAAGCAUAAUUUUUGUUUCUUGUGCCAUUUUCUCAAAACAUAGUUUUGUUCACAACACUUACCUGUCAGAUAUAUAUAUAUAUAGCUGUAUUCUCCGUAGUCCGACAGAAUUUUCAAACUUACGACACACGCAGUGGGAGGCCAGGUGGUUAGUACCCAUUCCUGCCGCUGGGAGGCGGGUAUCAGGAACCAUUCCCAUUUUCUAUUCAGAUUUUCUCUGUCGCCGGUACUGUCAACACCUGUUUUCAGUACCUCCGUCGUUGGAUUUCGUAAACUUUCGUUGCCACUUGAGUAUUUUGAUCUUUUGGUUUUUUUGACUUGGAUUUGUGGCUAGGCAUACGCUAUUGUGGACUGUUUUGGGUUUUGCUUUGAUAUUUCUUGGUUAAGAUGUCUGGAUUUAGUUCUGCUAGUUUCAGAGUAUGUUGUGUGGAAGAGUGUAAGGUGAGGCUACCGAAAACUUCGGUAGAUCCUCACACUGUAUGCACGAGGUGUAGGGGAUAUGUAUGUUUGAUAAAUGAUCGGUGUAAGGAGUGUGAGAGUUUGCCUGAUUCCAGUUGGAAGACUUAUGAUUCCUAUGUGCGUAAGUUAGAGCGUGACAGGAUCAGGAGGUCUUCCUCCAGGAGUGUGUCAGCGAGUAGAAGUCAGGGUAGUGAUUUUUCACCUGCUAACCCUCCUGUAGACUUUGCUAUUCCUAACCCUGUGGUGUUGCCUUCGGGCCCUGAGGUUGUGUCUGCGGAAGGUAAUACCCUGUCUAUGAUUAUGGAUUCCAUCCGUAACCUGGAAUCGAAAGUGCUCGCUCUGCAAAGUGGUGUUGUGAAGUGUAGUGAUGGUAUUAGUGCCCCUAGUGUUAUGGAGGGGGCGUCAGAUCGGCCCUAUAAUGCCUCUAGGCCUGGACCUCUGUCGGACUCCCAGGACUCAGGGAGUGUGCAAGUUGAAAGCCGAAGGAGGGUUACGGGGGCUCCCCACCGGUCUGGCGUCCCUUCGGCAGGUCCUGAUGACGCUUCCCAGGCUGCCAAGGAUCGUGCUCGUGCACGAAUCCUUAAGGAUUGCUUCUUGUCCUCCGAAGCGUCCUCCCCGCGCAAGGGGUGGAGCUCUCGGAAGGACUCUCGCCCUCUUAAGAGAAGCUUCAGAGAGGAGGACGCUUCACGUCCCUUUUCUCGAGAUGCGUUUCGGUCUUCACCUGAGAGUUUUGAUGCUUUCCUGCCGCAGAAGAGGACCAGGACGUCAUCGGAGGAUGACUCUGUUGAGCGCCCCAGUCGCUCUAGGGAAAGAGCUGUCGCUUUUCCUGUGAGAAGGAAGAAGGCGUCCCCUCGCCCCUCGUCUUCCCACAGGAUCAGCCCUUCCCCUGAGAAGGAGACUUCUCCUACGAAGAAGAUUCUGCUAGGAAUGCAGCGGCAGUUGGCUUCGUUUAUCGCCGAGAGGGAGGCAGAGCCGCGUCGACGCAGGAAGGACUCGAGGCUGCCUAUCAAGAGGUCCAAGCAGUCCCCCUCUCCUUCUCCUCGUUCGUCUCCUUCGUCUGCUUCGUCGCCCUCUAGAUUUCGUUUGGCACCCCAGCGCGUGUCUAGAGGUUUUGAUGAGCGUCACCCCAGACACUCUCUAGACCGUAAGGCUCAUCGCAGGGAUCGCCGAGCUUCUCGACAUGACGCUCCUCUCGCUCCCCUUCAUGACGCUCUGCAUGCUGCUCGGCAUGACGCUCCUCAGGCUGCUCGUAAUGACGCUUCUCAUGCUGCUGCUACUCGUCAGGAUGCCCCUUUCGCGGAUCUUCGGGAUGCUUCAGAGGCUGCUGUUAAGGAUGCCUGGCCUUGUUCUGCGAGUACAUCUUCGAAGCGGAGGUCCCUUUUGCGAGUUGGACCUCAAGAUCUUAGACCUCCUCGGAUUUUUAAAGACUCUCCUGUUGCUCCCGUUGAAGAGGGAGAGUUAUUAAGUUCGUCGGAGCCUGCGGAUGAAGAGCAGCCUUCUACUUCGUCGUCGACUUCGGACUACCAGGUUUUGGCCCGCCUUCUGAGGGACUUGUUUGGAGACAAGUUCCAACCCUCUGCCCCUCGCUCUCCUCCUUCGCAGUUAGCCUCAUUGAAGACGAGGAGAACGCCAGGCUUUGUGAAGAUGUCGAUGUCUCUUUCUACGAAGAGAGCCUUCAAGAAAGUCCACGAUUGGAUGGAUUCUAGGAAGGCCCAAGGCAAGACUUCUUUUGCCCUGCCUCCGUCGAGGUUGAGUGGAAAGGCGGGGAUAUGGUAUGAAACGGGAGAGGACGUUGGUUUGAGAGUUCCUUCCUCUUCCCAGGGAGACUUUGCCAGCCUUGUGGAUGCUCCAAGGAGGUCUCUCCUUUCCUCUGCGAAGGUGUCUUGGACUCUUUCGGAACUUGAUCAUCAUCUGAAAGGGCUGUUUCGAACGAUGGAGGUCUUCAACUUUCUGGACUGGUGUUUGGGAGUCCUGGACUUGCAGUCUCGGAGUCCUGACUCAAUUAGUCUGGAGGAACUGUCCAGCGUUUUGGCGUGCAUGGACAAGGCCGUCAGGGAUGGUUCGGAUGAACUGGCUGCCCGCUUUUGUACGGGGCUUUUGAAGAAGAGGGCCUUGUACUGUAACUUCACCGCGAAGUCUGUUUCUCCCUCACAGAGGGCAGAGUUGCUGUUCGCCCCUCUGUCGAGCCAUCUUUUCCCUCAAUCCAUGGUCAAGGAUCUUGCCGUCAGCCUGCAGGAAAAGGCUACCCAAGACCUCCUGGCCCAGUUGUCCAGACGUCCAGCAGUCCUUUCGGCUACUCCACUUGGACAGGCUUCCAAGAAACAGAAGCCCUUUCAUGGAGGAGCUUCCUCGAGAUCGUCUCCACGAGGAAGAGGUCUUCCCAGAGGCAGAGCCCCUUCCAAGGUUAGGGGUAAGAAGUGACUUGUCGGACCUUCAGACACCAGUUGGAGCCAGGCUUCUUUCCUUCGCAAAAGCCUGGAGAGCGAGAGGGACGGACAGCUGGUCCCUCGAAGUCAUCGAAAAGGGAUACAAGAUUCCAUUCCUCGAACUUCCACCACUGUGCACUACGCCCAGGGAUCUGUUGCCCUCCUACCAUCAAGAAAAGCAGCAGAUUCUUUUCGAUCUGCUCGAGCAAAUGCUCGAGAAGAGAGCUGUGGAACAGGUCCUAGAUUUGGAAUCCCCAGGUUUCUACAACAGGUUGUUCCUGGUGCCAAAGCAGUCGGGAGGAUGGAGACCAGUCCUGGAUGUCAGCAGGCUGAACCAUUUUGUGGUGAAAGGAAAAUUCAAGAUGGAGACGUCUCAGUCGGUUCUAGGAGCCUUAAGACCAGGCGACUGGAUGGUUUCAUUGGACCUGCAGGACGCUUACUUUCACGUCCCUAUCCAUCCUCAGUCUAAGAAGUACCUGAGGUUUGUCCUGAGGGGACAGGUCUAUCAGUUCAGGGCUCUUUGCUUCUGGCUAAGCACAGCCCCGAUGAUUUUCACGGUGUUGAUGAGGAAUGUGGCGAGAUGGCUUCACCUUUCGAGAAUAAGAGUCUCGCUAUACUUAGACGAUUGGCUCAUUCGAGCCUCGUCGGAGUCGAGGUGUCUGGAGGACCUUCAUACAACUUUAGAAUUGACAAAGUCCCUAGGACUUCUUGUGAACUUCAAAAAGUCCCAUCUGAUCCCAACUCAGUCCAUCGUGUAUCUGGGGAUUCAGAUGGAUUCAGUGGCUUUUCGAGCUUUUCCGUCCCAGGAACGACAGCAGCACUGCUUCGACAAAGUUUCAGCCUUCCUGGGGAAAGAAACAUGCUCGGUGAGGGAAUGGAUGAGUCUGCUGGGGACCAUUUCCUCGCUGGAGAAGUUUGUUUCCCUGGGGAGACUGCAUCUCAGACCACUCCAGUUUUUCCUUGCGGAGAACUGGGAGAACAAGGAGGAUCUAGAAGUGACUCUGAGGAUCUCCCAAUCUGUAAAGGAUCACCUAAGGUGGUGGCUCGACCCCGCAAAGCUUGCAGAAGGUGUUUUUCUCAGCCUUCAGAGCCCCGACCUAGUGUUGUUUUCCGACGCGUCCACGUCGGGAUGGGGAGCAACACUAGGGGGGGGGAAGAAGUGUCAGGCACCUGGAGAGGGGAACAGGUGUCCUGGCACAUAAAUCUCAAAGAAUUGGGGGCAAUUCUUUUGGCACUCCAAUUCUUCGAGGAGCGAGUUUCAGGCCGAGUAGUCCAGAUCAACUCUGAUAACACCACAGCUCUGGCGUACCUCAAGAAACAGGGAGGAACACACUCUCGGUCCCUGUUCGGCCUAGCAAGAGAGAUCCUGCUGUGGGCCCAGGCACGGAAUGUAACGAUUCUUACGAGAUUCGUUGCAGGAGUGGAGAAUGUCUGUGCAGAUCUACUCAGUCGGCUACAACAACUGCUUCCGACCGAAUGGACCCUUCACCAAGAGGUAUGUCAGGAAUUGUGGAGGUUAUGGGGAUGUCCCUUGGUGGAUCUGUUUGCGACAUCGAGGACGAAGAGGCUUCCUCUAUACUGCUCCCCUGUACUCGAUCUAGGAGCAGUAGUGGUAGGUGCCCUCCUCUGGGAUUGGACGGGGAUGGACGUUUAUGCCUUUCCCCCGUUCAAGAUCUUGGGAGAGUUCAUCAGGAAGUUUGCGGCGUCAGGAGCAAGGAUGACGUUGAUCGCCCCGUUUUGGCCUUCGAGAGAAUGGUUCACAGAGGUCAUGACCUUCUUAGUGGACUUCCCGAGGACGCUACCUUUGAGAGUCGAUCUACUCAAACAGCCCCACUUCGAGAGGUACCACAAAAACCUCCCCGCUCUGAGUCUGACUGCGUUCAGACUAUCAAAAAGUUGGCCAGAGCGAGAGGUUUUUCAAGAUCAGUGGCAAGGGCUAUUGCCAGUGCAAGAAGAGCUUCCUCUAGUAUGGUGUAUCAAUCGAAGUGGGCCUGCUUUCAGGAGAUGGUGUAGGAAGAAGGGCAUUUCCUCAACCAUGACCUCUGUGAAUCAGAUAGCCGACUUCCUUUUUUAUCUGAGGAAAGAAGAAAAGCUUGCAGUCCCAACUAUCAAAGGAUAUAGGAGUAUGUUGUCAGCGGUUUUUAGACAUAGAGGUUUGGAUCUAGCAAACAACAAGGACCUUCAUGAUCUUUUAAGGUCUUUUGAAACCACUAAGGUGGCUCAGCCAAAGCUGCCUUCCUGGAACUUGGAUGUGGUUUUGAAGUUCCUGAUGUCCAGUCCAUUCGAGCCUCUCCAUUCUGCGUCGUUGAAGGAUGUGACCAGAAAGGCUAUUUUCCUAACCGCUCUGGCGACGGCGAAGAGAGUUAGCGAAGUUCAAGCCAUCAGCAAACAUAUAGGCUUUAAAGGACAUAAUGCUGUAUGUGCCUUAAGCCCUACGUUUUUAGCCAAGAAUGAGAACCCAUCUAACCCUUGGCAAUGGGAGCUUUGAAAUCAAGGGUAUGGCGGAAAUUCUUGGACAAGAGCCAGGGAGAGUCCUGUGCCCUGUCAGUGCUCUCAAAUUUUAUUUGCAUAGAACGAAGGAAAGUCGAGGUCCUUCGGACAGUCUGUGGUGUUCGGUGAAGAGGCCAGACUUGCCAAUGUCGAAGAAUGCACUGGCGUUCUUCUUAAGAGAUACUAUUAAGGAGGCUCAUACAAACUGUCAGGACAGUGAUUUUAAACUGUUGAAAGUAAAUGCUCACGAGGUGAGGGCGAUUGCAACCUCAGUGGCAUUUCAGAAGAAUAUGGCACUCAGUGACAUUCUGGGUGCCACUUUUUGGCGAAGCAACUCGGUGUUCGCUUCACACUACCUGAGAGAUGUGAAAACGACAUAUGAGAACUGCUGUUCUGUUCGCUAGGGCCAUACGUUUCCGCAGAUACAAUUUUGGGGGGCAGAGAGUGACACUCAUCCUAUCCUUUAGAAAAUGGUUAUGAAGUGUUUUUUAAUUUUAUUAUUGUGUUUUUAUGGUUGUUGGGUCGGCCGCCAGAGGCGGACUUCCCAGUCCUUAGCUUAAGUUAUGCUAUCAUAACUUAGUUAGGCUUGGUCAGGUGGUUGCUUUGCUUCGUUGCCCUCAUAGUAUGGUCAAUAUGGUCUAGUCACAUUGUGGUCACGCCCCCGUUGACAGAUCAUCUAGAACUCACCAGCUAUACAGGUCACUACCUUGCUGGAGACUCCAGUAAAGCAGAAGCAGACUUUGGUGACAGUAAUCACGAAGUCAGCUAUGCUAACAGGUAAGGAACCAAGGUGUCAAUCACCUACAUGUAAUUUGUUUCUUAAAUCCUAUUCUGUCUCUUCCCACCUCCAAUGGUGGGAUUCAGCUAUAGUAUAUAUAUUUGACAGGUAAGUGUCGUGAAUAAAAUGAUAUUUUGAUGAUAAGAUCAAUUUUGUUCAUACUUACCUGGCAGAUAUAUAUAUUCAUAGUGCCCACCCACCUCCCCUCAGGAGACAGUGGCACUAGAAAAUCUGAAUAGAAAAUGGGAAUGGUUCCUGAUACCCGCCUCCCAGCGGCGGGAAUGGGUACUAACCACCUGGCCUCCCACUGCGUGUCGUAAGUUUUGAAAUUCUGUUGGACUACGGAGAAUACAGCUAUAUAUAUAUCUGCCAGGUAAGUAUGAACAAAAUUUAUCUUAUCAUUAAAAUAUCAUUUUUUUUUUCAAAAAUAAAUUCUUGUAACUCAAAGAACACUGAACCAAAUUUGAUGAAACUUUUACAGAAUGUAGUAUAACUGUAUACGUAUCUUGAUUUGUGAAGAGGGAAACUGAUUUUUAAUUUUAACUUUUUUUGGCAUAAUUUAAACAAAUUACAUUGGGAUUUUUUUCAGAUGCAAAAUAAAAAAAUUAACUUAUAAGUCAAAUUUCUAGCAUUUUCUGUGAUAAUUCUCAUUAUUAGUUGAAAAAUAAGAAUUUAUCAUGGGGCCUCAUGGCGUCGGUGCUCCACUUAAGUGCAAGUUCUUGUGAUUGUUGAAUAAAUUCUUAAAAUAGGAAAUAUAAAAAUAUAACAUUCUGAAUAUCAGGUUUGUGCAUUGGUGAAGGGAGAAGUUGGAGGACAUAAAAUAAUAAUAAGUGGUAGAUGCAGUGAAUAAGAAUAGAAGAAAGUGAAAAAACUUGGGGUUUCCAUAAAUAAACAAACGAGAUCAAAGAACCGAAGGCUAAAAUGAGCAUCUUGGAAUAUCCUUUGAAAACCAAGACUGAGGAGGAGGAGGAUUCGGUAGUGAUGCCUUUUAUCAAGUAUGAAAACGUAGAUUUAGCGGGCAGUGAUGCCCCAGCCAGCCGUACCUCUCUAUCUUUGGAUCCGUUGAUGGACAUCAAGACAGAAAUGAAGAUGGAAGUGGAUGUGUGUUAUGAGUCUGACAGCAGCGUCACACACGAUUCUGAAGAUUUCGUCUCGGCGAUCGGAGACGAAUACGAUUCGCCGCCCGUCAGAGAGGGAGUCGAUAAGGAGAAGCCCUUCGUGUGCAAUGACUGCGGGAAGUCGUUCUCCCAGAAAUUGGAUCUCGAUGACCACGCGGUGAUCCACACGGGCGAGGUGGGUUUCGCCUGCCACGACUGUGGGAAGUCAUUCUCCCAGAAAUCAAAUCUGAGGACCCACAUGGCAAUCCAUAGAGGGGAGAGGCCCUUCGUGUGCAAUGAUUGCGGAAAGUCGUUCUCCCAGAAAUCACAUCUCAAGACCCACAUGGUGAUCCACACGGGGGAGAGGCCCUUUGUGUGCAGUGUCUGUGGAAAUUCGUUCUCCCAUAAAUCAUCUCUCAAGGAUCACAUGGCAAUCCAUACAGGGGAGAGGGCCUUCGUGUGCAAGGAGUGUGGGAAGUCGUUCUCCCAGAAAUCCCAUCUCAAGACCCACCUGGUGAUCCACACGGGGGAGAAGCCCUUCUUGUGCAAGGAGUGUGGGAAGUCAUUCACCAGAAAGUCAUACCUCAAAAGACACUUGAUGAACCACAGAGGGGAGGGGACCUUUGUGUGCUGUGACUGUGGGAAGUCUUUCUCCUAUAAAUCAAGUCUCAAGGAUCACGUGGCGACACACACGGGGGAGAGGCCCUUCGUUUGCGAUGACUGCGGGAAGUCGUUCUCCCACAAAUCAAAUCUCAAGACCCACAUGGUGAUCCACACGGGGGAGAGGCCUUUUGUGUGCAGUGUCUGUGGAAGGUCAUUCUCCCAUAAAUCUAGUCUCAAGACCCACAUGGCGAUCCAUGCGAAGUUGAUGACCUUUGCCUGCAAAGAGUGUGGGAAGUCGUUCUCCCAGAAAUCGUAUCUCAAGAGCCACAUGAGGAUCCAUCUUGAGGAGAAGCCAUUUGCUUGUGAAGAGUGUGGGAGAAGGUUUUCCUGGAGAAACAGCCUGAAACGACAUUUCUUGACUCACACGGGUGAGAAGCUUUCCAGAUGCACUGACUUUGGGAAUUUGUCCUUACAAAAGUCAUGUCAGAGGGUCCAUAUUACUGUACUACUUACAUUGCUUACAACACUACUUACAGUCUUAAAAACAUUAAGCUGUGGAGCAGAGUGUCCUUACCGGGCAGCAAGAGAAGCCUUCAGACGAAGAAGUCCCGUAGGAACUUCGUGAGUCGGAGGGUCUACACUUACGAGGAAUACAUUGGCCUCGUCAUGGAGAGCAGACAGGUAUUUUGGAUAGGCCUAUGGAUUCAUCGAGGGUUAAAAUUGCAGUUUUUUUUUUAUAGAGACAGGGAAAUUUGUGUUAAAAUUGCAGGUUUUUUUAUGUACACAGCAAAAUUUUUGUUAAAAUUGUUUUUUUUUUUUUUUUGCUACAGAGAAAGGAAUUUUUUUUCAGUUGAAACUGCAGGGUUUUUUGUAUGUAGGAAGGGAACAUUUCUGUUAAAUUAACCAUUUUUUUAUGUAGAAAGGAUUUUUUUUAUGUAGAAAGGAUUUUUUCAGUUAAAAUUGCAAUAUUUUUGUAAGUUGGAAGGGACUUUGAUCAGUUGAAAUGGCAGGUUUUAUAUGUGU